AUGAGUUGUCAGGCAACUUUGCGUGAUUUAUCAGCACCAGCAAUAACACCAACAACACCACCAACAACAACUGCUUUGCAUCGCAAGUUUCACCUUCGCUCUGAAUUUUCUCAGCUCAUCUUCUGCCUGGCUGCCCUUGUCGCCUGUGUGCAUGCUCGUCCCGGUGGCCCAGCCGCCUACUCCAUUAGCGCCCCUAGUGUGGAUCAUGCAUCGGUGGGCAAUACACAGGAGCAUACCGUAAAGGGCCAUUAUGGUCAGUCAUCGCAAUCGGACUAUACCAGCCAAGUGCAAACGGCGCAUUCACAGUCGCACGUCCAACGGUCAAGCAUUAGCAAUGAUGCGGGUCUGGCGCCCGCCAUAGGUGGUGAGUAUUGUGCCCGAGCCGCACAUGCCGUAGCCGCACCUGCUGUUGGUUAUGCGCACACCGCACCCGCUCUGGCCACCCAUGGCCUCUCAUAUGCCGCCGCUCCAGCUCUGGCCACGCACGGUAUUUCCUAUGCCGCUCCAGCCUUGUCCCAUGGCAUCUCGUAUGCCGCUCCGGCCUAUAGUCAGGGCUAUGCCACCGCCGCCGCCCACGCUGCCCCAGCCUACUCCUAUGGUGGCUACGCAGCCACCGCUCCAGCCCUGCAGUUGUCCAGCGCGCAUUUGGGGUAUGCCGCAGCGCCGGCGCUGGCGCAUGGCUACCAUCUGGCGACUGCCGCUGCGCCCACUCUGAAGUAUGCCGCCGCCCCCGCCUACGCACCUGGAAUCAUUGGUCAUGGCAUUGGUCUGGCAUCGCCUAUUGCGCAUAUUGGGGCUCCACUGCUCAAAGCUGCUGUCGCUGCCCCCGCCCUAGUGCAUACAUCGGUCGCUGGCCAUGGCAUACAGUAUGGCUAUUAA